CUUUUGACGGGAAUGUGUCUUUCGCGCUAAAAGCAAACAAAACCCGGGCAUGGGAGGAUGUGUCACAGUGGAUGCUUGUCUCUCUCUCUGCUAUUGUUAUCCCGGUCGUUGUUUCGCCACUCAUGUCAAAGGAACGAGGAAAAGUUCUUUCAGCGUAAUGUAAGCAUCUUCAAACGCUGAUUUCUACUUGUGGUACUACAAGAACAAUUUUACCUCUAAUGUAAUGGUCUUUCAAAGCUCAUCUCCUACGAUUCAACCGCAUGAAUUACCUCACUUGUAAUGUUCCGCUUGAAUGUUGCGGUUGAGCGAUGAAGGCAAGAUGUUUGGGAAGGAGGCGAACUGCAUUCGAGAGGGGAAUUGUGUUCUUCCUCCUCAUCUGCUGUGUCGAAGUGAGCAGUUUCUGCCCCUUCCGGUGCGUCUGCAACGAGGACACCCUCACUGUGUGGUGCGACGGGGCAUCCUUGGAUGUGGUUCCAAUCACUCUCAACCCUGUCUUGCAAGAGCUGCACUUGAACGGGAAUAAAAUCAAGAGCAUCGCGGCAUCUUUCACAGUUUACCAAAACCUCCAUUAUUUGGAUAUGUCCCAGAACUUGCUGACUUCUCUGGGAAGUGAGAAUUUCUCCGAACAAAAAGAACUUUUGGUGCUGCAUCUCAACAGCAACAAGAUAACAUCAUUGAGCAAGAAAGCCUUUUCUGGACUUGCGAAGUUGAGGAUCCUCCGCUUGGAUGGCAAUUUUAUUGCAGAUAUAGCUGACGGUGCGUUUGAACCUCUAAUUAGUUUAGAAAAUUUGGACCUUUCAAGAAAUCGCAUAUCCACAUUAACCUCUUCCGCCUUUCUUGGGCUAUCAAGCUUAAAAGAACUGUUGUUAAGGGACAACAAACUCACUCAGAUUCCCACCGACGCGUUUCAGAACAUUACACCUUUGAGAAGCCUAGAUUUAGGCAUGAACUUCUUGUACAUGAUUUCCAAAAACUCUUUCCACCAUCUGCAUCAUCUACAAGUCCUUAGUUUAGAUGGCUGUGGCAUUCAUAUCAUCGAAACUGGUGCCUUUCUCGGACUAGAUAACAUUGUGUCCUUGUUUCUCCAAGACAAUGAACUUCAAAAUGUGCCUACAGAUGUCCUCAUGGAUAUUCCUUUUCUCCAAGAACUCCACGUAGGUAAAAACAAAAUGCAAAAAUUGGGCCCGAGUGAUUUCAGAGGUUUGAGGGCUCUGAAAACCAUCACAGUCAACGGUGAGGAGAGCUUGGAAGUCAUUGAGAACGGGACGUUCGCAGAUAAUCACCAGUUAGAACGCCUUAUCAUUAGUGAUAAUAAAAACUUAAACGUAGUUGAGCACGGCACGUUUCGCGGGUUGGAUAAUCUACGGUUCCUGAGUCUUAGAGGUAAUCAGUUCACUACAUUCCACGAAGAUAUGUUACCCUGGGACAAACUAGACGUACUCGACGUGCGUGAUAACCCACUGACUUGCAAUUGCACUGUCCUGUGGUUACGUCGCUUGCUGAAGCGGGAGAAUGUCUCCAGUUACGGAGAAGACGUCACACGGGUCCGGUGCAAAGGACCGCAGGCCGUUAGUGAUCGACUCCUAAUCGAGAUCGGCCCCGACGAUCUAGACUGCGAGGGUCGAUCUCUGAAGCAGAUCUUGGCGAUCGCCGUGACUGGCGCCGCCGUGAUCUUGGCUGCCGCCGCAUUUCUCGGUUUCUGGCACUGGUACAAGUAUGCCACCAAACAGAAGAGCAAACUGGGUCAAAGCAAGCGAACACUUUAUCAAUACGGACAGAACUCGGAGAACUUUUCACCCAUCCUCUCACAAAUCGUUCACCAGCCUUUGAAAAGUCCAGCCGUAGCCGAAUUAUGAUAAUAUGAUAGGGAGGGAAAUAAAUGACUUGUCAUGUUCCCGAUUUUCGAAAGAGAAAUAAGCCGCCUCUUCUUUCUUCUUCAAUAGAUUAGGAGAAUUCUCCUGAAGAACACUGAACCGUCAGGAUUAAAUAACGAUAUUUUUUCUUAAGUUCUUCCUCCUCACUAUAAACUCUUCUCAUCUUGAAUAUAAAAAAAUACUAUAGGCGGAAUGUUAAUAUUUUUAUUGUUUAAACUUUCUCUGUACGAUCUACUCAUUUGAAAAAAAAAAGACUGUUAAAAUCUUUGAAAUUUAAGCAACAAUUUUGGAAUAGAUGAGAUUUAUAACUAAGUAAUUGCAUUUGUAAAAGAUGUGUUAGUGUAUAUUUGUGCAUAAACAUAAUAUGUAUUAUACACAUUGCAGUUUAUUUAAAUGAAAAUUGACAUGUAAAAUUCAAAGUCAUAAUAAAGAUGUACAUCUCUUUUU